GAUGUUGUUGGUUCUGUUGUGGUUGAUGACUUUGGUCUGGAGAGGAUCUAUGAUGCUCUGGAGGUGGAUCGAGGACGUGUUGUUAGAGUUUUAACUUCUCUUUUUCCUAAAUACUUUGCUAUAAUCACCAGGAUUAGAGCGGAGGUAAAAAGUAUGGGUCCUGAUGGGGGCAAAGUGAGUCUGAUACAUGACACAAGAUGCAGAGCAACUUUUCCAAAACACGCGCUUCAUAAGAAGAUUAAAGUUGGGCUCCAGGUACAGACCUUAUCUAGUGAGUUGGUUCAAGCAGCGUUUGGUAGAUCUGUCGAGGUCAGCAAAAUAGUUGCAGUUGAACCCAGGAAACGAAAGUUUCAUCAACCUUUCUUUGUUUCCAUCCCUCUCCCCUGCUCCGGGAGCAAGAUUAAUUCCUCGACAGAUAUCAGAUUGAUCUGCUCUGUAACCGGAAGCUUGGAUCCAGUUUCCUGGGUGGAUAUGACAGGAUCUACGCCCCUGGAAGUGAACAAGGAUGUUGUUCAUUUCUCUACCAAGGUGUCUGCACUGUUCUGGAUACUUCUGAUACAUGAUAAUACGAGAGAUCCCAGUUCUGCGCUAACUCUGGCUACUAGACUCUACGAAGAGACAAGAUUAGGCAAUUACAAUAUUUAUUCUUCCACAUUGGACUUUACAAUUUCUUCCUAUGUCUGGGAUUUCAAAACUUCUCUAUUUGCGGCAGGUUUUGCUUUCAAACCAGCUCAGCACUUUUACUCUGGGUUUCAUUGUUUUUCAGUCACUUCGAGUUUUUGCUUAUACCGAGUUAUAGCAUGUUUUUGUGGUUCAAAGUUACCCCUUUUUUCCAUUUUAACAGUUGAAUGGUUUUAUAAACAUAUUUUUCUUUCCUUGUCUCAGCAUUUCUUUUUACCCGUGCAGACUACAGUUUAUUUUAAAGUACAUAUUCUUUUCUAUAUGUUACAGUUUAUUUAUACUCCAGGUUCCAGUUUUAUCUUAGUUAACUCCUCUUUUACUCCAGGUUCCAGAUUAUGUCAGCUAACCCCUCCUUUACUCCAGGUUCCAGUUUAUCUCAGUUAA